AAACUGGGAACUCGUAUCUCGCUAGGAUGACUCAAAUUCUCGCGUUCGUCAUAAUAUGAUUUUGCUGACGUGGUUAUGUUUAUUCCCUCACAUUCCCUGGAUUCCGCGUGAUGCGUGAUGCCAAAUGCCAAUACGUUCGGAGAAGAGCGUCCGUCGCCGUCGGACUCACAGUUUGCCGCUUCGCGCCCGUGACACACCGUGUAACGAGAAAUAGACACGCGUUAGAUAAAUUCUGUUGACACGAUUACGAGAGGCAUGUCGGCGAUAUUCCAAAUAUCCAAAAAUAGCAGAUAUCGCAGUUCCACGCGUCGCGCACGUGCGACUCUUUAGGAGAACAACAAUGAAGGCUCCUCUAUCGUCCGUGUUUUUUUAUUAAUUAAUUACUUUGCUGGUACACUUAUUAUUUUUUUUACAAAGCUACAGCUUGUACAACAAGAAUGUCACUCGUGGAAACAUUACCUUUGCUAGAUGGGGCGAAAGUAAUUGUUAUAGACGAAGGUCUAGAUGUAACGCAUGCGACAGCAUUGAUAGCCGGAUGGGUGAACGUGUGGAAGGAGAAGAAUUCUGACUACAAUAUCGAUUUGUUGUCAUUUUCCGAUCCAAAGGCUUGGUACGACGACGAACCAAAACCGCUCAUAUCACCGAAUGUAAACUUGCACGAUUACUAUGAUGUUUAUCCGAAUGAAAACAUUGAGAGUAAAGACUUGGAAAAUCUCGAUUAUAUACUCGAAACUGUCAAGUUGAAGCCUCAAAAUACGGUUGUUGUCAAUUGUUUGAGUUCUUUGGUUCUGUAUGUGGGUUUGGGAAAAGCUCUGCGGUUUGUGGAGAAGUUAAGUAGGCAAGUGUCGCAAUUGAUAUGUAUUUAUCGGAGGGAUUUCAUGCAGAUCAAAGUUCCCGCAAUCGAGACUUUCGGCACUACUUAUGUCAAACUGGAAAGGUUUACCGGAGUCAACCCUACAAACAAUUUAAUUUAUAAUGCUAAGCUCACCCAUAGAAAGUCGGGUGGUUCCAUGAUAUGCCAAACAGAAAUAAUAAGGCAGGAUAUUGAAUCUUAUCGGAUCAAUGCUGAAAAAGUUGUGGUACCAAGGAUCCGCAAGACGGAACCAGAACCAGUAAAGAUUGAAGCGUCAUUUAGAAUAGAAAUGAGCGCUCAGGAGAUGGACCAAAGGGACAAGACACCUUUACCCUACACUUUGAAUGCAACAAAUACAUCCAGGAUAUUUUAUCAACCGGAAGAUGUAGAUGAUAUAGAUGAAGAGGAUCCUGAUGAUGAUCUGUGCAUAUAAGUUUAUAAAAAUAAAAGAAUUUGUAUGCAAAAACUAUAUAAUAUAACAUAUAUUUUAUAUAAAACAAAAACUUGUUAAGCGCAUAUUUUUUAUAUUUCAUUGGGAGACAAAUUUUUCCGAAUCUUGAGGGUAAAUUCUUAGAGAAAAAUACAAAAAUAUAUAUUACAUAGAUUGGAAAGAGACAGAAAGUUGAAUCUUUUUUUGAGUUAUAUCAGUAAUAAAAGCGAUACAAGCUUUUAAAUAUAUUUCGAAUACUGCAGGGAUAUUUUUUCUAAAAUUCGAAAUUAAAUUGUCGGAAUUGAUUACUUCGCAACUGCAGUGUAUGAAAUAUUAUUUCUUAUGAAUAUUACUCGAAUCCUAGAAAAUAAAUGAUUAAUGAAUUUGAAGUACGGAUUUUGAAGUACAUAUUGAACUUGUUAUCCUUAGUUAUAAUGCAUUGUAUUAGUGUAUUAGUGUUAUCAAUUUAUGAUUCAGAUAUCUUACUUCUCUAGUGAUUUAGAAAGCGUUAAUCACUUCCGGAGUGACUCAAACCUGCUUAAAUCGAAAACGUUAUUGGGGAGU